GUCUCCAAAACCAACAUCAUUUUCAGAAGAAUCGGGUUCAGAUUAGAAGCAUAGAAGAACACUGGGAACAACAGGUCUCAUAUACUCUUAUAUUUAUCCAUGGAGCCCAAAAUCAUUAUGAUGUCAGCCCUGGGAAGGGCCCUGUAUCCUGGCAUGUUGUAUGACUGCCGCAUGGAUUCUUUUAUUCCAGGUGUUACUUUAUGGGACAAGCACGCAUUGCGUGAUGAUCUUGAUGUGCAUGACCAGACUAAAACAUUUGUCAAGCUUGCUGCCUCUGACAGUGUCAGUGAAAAAGCCAACCUCCUAGAUGUUAGUGCUUCCCUUAAAGCCAGUUUCUUAGGUGGGUUAGUGGAGGUUGGCGGAUCAGCCAAGUUCCUGCAGGAUUCCAAGUCCUCAGCACGUCAGUGCAGAGUUACUAUGCAGUACAGCCAGACGACAACAUUUGAACAACUCACUAUGAAGGAGAUUGGCAAUAUCAUCUAUCCACAAGUAUUUGAACAGAAAACUGCCACUCAUGUAGUUACAGCUGUAUUGUAUGGAGCUUCUGCUGUCAUGGUGUUUGAUUAUACAACUGCAGAAAAUGAGAGCAAACAGGUUAUUGAAGGAAAUCUUUAUGCAGUGAUCAAGAAGAUCCCUACCAUUUCCAUUGAGGGGCAAGCAUCCCUAAAGAUGACUCAAGAUGAAAAGAAACUAGCUGAGAAUAUGAACGUCACAUUUUAUGGUGACUAUGAGCUUGAAGAAAACCCCACCACAUUCACAGAGGCUCUGAGGGCAUGCAAGAGGUUGCCUAGUCUCCUGAAGGAAAGAAACAGUAAAGGUGUACCAGUGACUGUGUGGCUGUACCCUCUGACACUUUUGGAUAACAGGGCUGCUAAGUUGGUGAGAGAAAUCAGUUCAAGCCUGGUGUCUAAAACAGAAACUCAGCUGGAGGAGCUCAGUGAAGUAGAGAGAAGAUGCAAUGAUUUGCUCAAAAACCCUGUUACAUUUGAUUUCCCUGAUCUAAAGGGUAGGCUGCUGCAGUUUCAGGACUUACACCGUUCUUAUAAGAUAGCAUUCCAGAAGGCACUGUGCAGUGUUUUGCCAGGUAUUCGGAGUGGGGCACUGGAGAACAAGGCACUGGGGGACAUCCUGAACAACCAUUACUCAUCACCCUUCACCGAUACCCACAUGAACAAAUGGUUAGACGACAUUUCAACUGAAUUAAAUAUACUCCGUUCCUAUACCAGUGGGCUGAAGGACCUGUCAGUUGUGACAUCAUCUGGGUCAUUUAAUUCCAUCCUAUUUGAUCCUGAUGUUGAUGUGGUGGUUUGCUUGUCAUUUACAUCUCUAAAGAAUGAAGACUUAUACCUUGUGGCUCUACAAGACUUUGUGAAAUCUGAAGGGUUGACAAACUUGGAGCAAAAAAAAGCUUUCUCACCCCAAGCAACACAGCCCUGGUUCACUUCCCUUGACAUUUCUGCGAGAAUGAGGCAGAAUCUUUCUCUCUUUACAAGUUUUUCAAUGGCCAAUAAAAAUGAGAAGAGAAUCAAGUUCAUCAUUGCCUCCAUACCUGACCCCACCAAUCCAGGAACCUCCAUCCAUUUUUAUCUGAACGGCCUUCUGAAAAGUCCUAAGUUCCAGCCUGUAUCCAAACCCCCCCUACCCAUUGUAGAAACUAGUGAUGAGAAAGUCCUACUAAAGCUUUCAAAAUCCCCAACUGGAGAGACAGUAAAGUUCAGAGUUGAGUACAGGAUGACACCGCCAACUGAUUCAGCAGCUGAUGCUGAUGCAUGGAAAGUCAUCAACACUUCAGAUGCACAGACCAGCUUCACAUUCACUCAACUAAAGCCAGAAGAACAAUACUGGGUCCGGUACAGAGCUGUUAGUGAUGCGGGAGUGAGUGAUGCCAGCGACUCUGUCCCCUUCUCAUUUCAUGGGAAGAGAGAUGUCACAGUGGACAAAUGGGACUUAUCCAUGCCUUACCUCAUAAAUAAACUAAGGACUACAGUAAUGACCAGUAUGGGCAUGUCACGAUGGUCUCUUUCUACAAUCAAGACAGAGACUACAAAUGUUGUCAGCAGUCCUAAAAUUCCUUACACUGAUGCAAUUCCUGGAGGGCUGAAAACUGGAAUGGCUGUGUACUUCCAAGGAGCUGCUCUCGCAACAGGAAUAACGUUUGAAAUAAAUCUUAUAGCCGGGUCAAAGGAACAUGGCGAUAUCACUUUUCACAUGUACUAUACAUUCAGUCACUCGUUGGCCUAUAACACCCGCAGGAAUGGGAACUGGGAGAAUGUUGAACGUGUACCAGGGUGUCCCAUUUCCAAAGGAUCAGCUUUUGAUAUUUUUUUUGUGAUUAAAUCAGAAGGCUAUGAGGUAUAUGUAAAUGGGAAGAAGUAUUACCUGUUCAAGCACCGCAUGCCGGUGGAGAAAGUGAAUACACUUCACAUUUAUGGAGACGUCAACAUGAACAUCAUUAGUACUGUUCCAAACUGGAGCGCAUCUACUUUUGGUAAGGAACUAAUCUCUGGCAUCUCACGCACAAAGCUUUCUAACAUCCAGUCAGAUGUGCCAUAUCCACUCUGCAACCCUAAAAAAGUCUAUUCCAACAAAAUCUCAGGAGCCUUCAGACCUGGUCUGGCUUUGUUCUUCCAAGGGGUUGCUCCUUCAGAUUAUGAGUACUUUGCAAUAAAUUUGCAGACUGGACCAAAUUUUGGUUAUGACACCGCUCUUCACUUCAAACCAAUGGUAACCUCUGUGGCCCUUAACACCUGCAGGAAUGGGGAAUGGGAUGAAGAAGUGUCUAUUCAGGGAAGCCCAUUUACCAGUGGAGGAGCCUUUGAUAUCAUCAUGAUUGUUAGAACAGACGGCUAUGAGGUAAUUGUGAAUGGCAUGAGUUUCUGCGUGUUCAAUCACCGUAUAGCAGUAGAGAAAGUGAAUACACUUUCUAUCACUUACGAUGUCUUCAUGAACAACUUUGGCAUUUUUGAAGUGGACAAUGUUAAUAUGAAAGCCAGGAUUCCUGCCUUUAUUUGAGGAUUCCAAAUCACCACUGGAGAACUGACUACGUGUUUAACAGCUUAUUUUGUCUUGCUCUGUGCGCAAAUAUAUCAGAAUUUAUAGACAGUCAUGGACAUGAUUUGUCUUUCAGCAUUGUUAUGAAGUUUUGUUGCUUUUUACUGUUAGAAAUUAACACACUAUACAUUCUUUGCUAAAGUUUCACAGUUUUAUUGUAUCUUUUAAAUAAUAUAGAUGGUUUGCAUUAGUCUAUAUUUGCAGACAACUUUGCAGCAGAAGUGAUGGCAGUUGUUUUUAAAUAACCAAUUUAAACCCAUUUUCUGAAGCUUUUGAUAAAGAUCCAGGAUAAUAGAGGUCUGUUCAUUGACUAUUAUAAAACAAGAGUUCACUCUUUCCCCCAUGAUUUUAGAAAGAAAACCUGAAUGAAAACCUCAUCCAUCACAAAAGUCUGCAAUGUGCAAUUCUGGCAGAAAUUAGCAAAACUUCAUGCUUAGCUUUUUGCUUAUCCCUUCAUAGCUCACAGCACAAAAUGAGGAGGAACUUAACUUCUAAUUCAUUGUUUAUUUACUUUGCUGUUUUUUUCCUUUUUUGGUUUGUGUUUCAAUGUCACCUUAAAUGCUGUUGUUAUACAAUUUUGGACUUGUAGAGAGCACUCAUUGCUACUCACUUCUAAAAAGAAUGAGUCUAUUUGAAAUAUUUUAAAACAUCAUUCAAUUGGCCAAAUACAUUAUGAUAUGAUUAAGUUGUGUUGUUAUUAGGAAUUGGGAAACUAUUUACUUCUUGCUUAAAUCAUUUUAACAAUGUACUGAUCAUAAUCAUUGAAUAAAUAAUAAGGUUUGACACAU